AUGGCCUCCAGAGCCCGUGGCCUAGACUUCCAAGCUCUGGACGUUCCACCCUCGUCAUGGGGUGAUGCCGCUGCAGUAAGCCCGACUGCUACAGAUGGCAGUUUCAUUGUUUUCUUUCCUGGUGUUGGGUUCAAAUACCUGGACCUGUCGCUAGGCAACUCUUCAUGGAGAGACGGUGGGCACUUCUCAGGUGCCAUUGCUUCACACAUCGGCAUGCUGCAUCAUCAAGCCGGAGACUCUUGCUACAUAUCCUUUGCAGAGACGCCACCAAAGUCCUGGGCAUGCUACCAGCUUGUCUGCAAAGAUGGCAAAGCUCCAUCUCCACAACUGUCAGAGAGGUUGUGCCUGCCAGGUGAGAUCCGUGCCGCUUGUGAUGCCGGUGAUGGCUUUGCGGCUCUCGCAAUCUCAAGUGGCCAGCUCCGUUUUGUGGACCUAGCAAGUGGUAAAGGUGGCAAAGGCCUUAAGCUCGGCGAAGCCAAGAAAUGCGUGGCACUGACGCGACUUGCAAAACGAAAGGUUCUGAUGGUUCGUGAUCGAAGCAUCGGACCGGAGUUUCUGAUCAUCGAGCAGGACGAAUUCCAGGCAGUGUCCUUGCAGAGAAGGGGCAUGCUUCACACGAGCUCCAUCAGUCCUGUGGGACCGCUCGAAUCGGUGGUGGUAACCCACGAGGAAGAGGAACGUGUCCUGCUUUGCUGGCGCGAGCCAGUCAUGAUGAAUGGAGGUACACCCAACGGCCACACUGAGCAGGGAACGGUGUGCCACGUAGCCACGACCACCCUGAGUGACAAAGGCAAUCUGGUACGGUUGCCCGAGCCCUCAGCGAGUUGCCAAGUGGCAGCCAUCGCAAGCUACUACGCCGAAUGGCACCGUGAAGGAAGCAGAUUAGCAUUCCACCUGCGGGACGCUCGCUACGGCCUAGCUGUGGCAUCAGGGCAGGCAUCAAUCCAGAUCGAAUCGAAGUCACAGCAGCACACUGUCUCCACACAGACGGCCGGCUCGGUGACCUUAGUGUACUCUGGCGGAGGCUACGCAGCCAUCAAGUGGCAGCUGCCCCUCUUUUCACUCAGGGGCCUAGUUGCUAGGCGCUCCGAUGAAGAAUCGCGCCAAGUACGAAGAGCACUGGAUGGGGGUGCAGCUGCUUUGAGCCGGAAACGCAAGCUUGAUGAAGGGAAUGGACUUAAACAACUCUCCAUGCAAGGCCUGGCAGAACUGGUGCGUCGUUGCGGCGCCUUGCAGAAAGACGAUGUCGCACUGCUGAAGGCUUGUCUGAAGCCGGAAGACCUACACUCCGUCACCAAGACCCUGCUGAAUUGGCUGCGCUUACAUCAAGGCAUACCUGCAGCGGAGAUAAAGAAAGUCGCUCCGAGGAUGCCGCGACUCGCUUCGAUCGUGUCUUUCCUGAAGGCAAUGGUUGAUGCCUUCCUGCCAGUGAUGAGCGCCACCGGUGCGGGUGUGGCGCCAGAGGACAUCGAGGCGGUCCUCGAACGGCUGGUCGUUGCGCAGGGUGCUUCCCGGCGAGGCGAGAAGCUCUACGCACGAGCCCGUGAGGCAUGUAGGCGCCGGGAAAAGCCUCGAGCGAGCGAGGUCACGAAGAAGAACCUCGAGAUACAACGGAAGCUGAAAGCUCCGAAAGUGGAGAUAAGUGUCUUGAGGUUUUGA